UCUUCCCAUAGCUCCUUUGCAUCCCUCCACAUCUCCUCUCCGCCCCCUAAUUCCCUCCUGCGCAUCCUCCUGUCUCCUUCCUGCACUACCCCACAUCUGUCCCCACCCUUUGCAUCCUGCCCUUUGCAUUCCUCUUGAAUCCCUCCCCUAUCUCCCACUGCACCCCCAGUUUCCUCCCCUGCAUCCUCCCAUAUCCUUACUGCACCUCCCCACACCCCCCCCCCUCGCUUUCCAUUCCCACCCCACUCACUCCUGCUCUGGGUCUGGGGGUGGAUUGAAGGAGCCUCCCCCAGGCUGAAUCAGGCUGCCCCAGCCCCUGACUUCUGCCUGGGUGUUGGAAGCAUCCCCACACCCCCUGCCAUGCCACCGGGAUACUCCUGGCGUGGGGGACAUGGGCAGGGGGUUAGCAUCAAGCAGCAGAGAAGGACCACACAUUUCCCUGCUGCGAGGGGACCCCCAGUUCCCAGCUGCCUGGGAAACUGAGGCAUGGAGAAAGUCUUGGCAGGCAGGAGAUCAGUGCCAAUGUGGCCACCAGCUUCACGUCUGCCCUGCGCCAUCGUGUCUCACCUUGCUGAGCACAGAGACUGGGUCUGGCUCUUUCCCAGGGCAGGUUAAACCACUCUGCAAGGAGGAUGUGUGUUUAUUGGCAGCAUAAUAUUCCCUGGCUUGGAGGGAAUCUAGAGAGUGGGUGGGACAGGGAACGAAGUCCCAUGGAGCCACGACCGUGGUGAACCCAAAAGCACGAGGGAAAACUAAACCACCCCAAUGUUGAGAGGCUCUUGGCAACACUGGCUUUCACAUGCCAAAUCCUAUGCAGGGAGGCUGUAAUGCUCCCCCCACCCCCCCGCAUGUCCCCCCAGACCACUUCGGCCAGGGGACCCAGAAAGGAGGAGGGACAGGGCUGUGACAGAGCUUUGGCUCCCCAUGUCACUGGAGCAGCCUUGAGGCUGCUCUCACUUCACACCCUGUAUCAGAGCUGGCUUGUGCCAGGGGAACACUCUCUGGGGGCUUUCCCCAGCCCCGCCAUGUUCCCCUGAGCCUUCAGCCUCACCAAGGAGCCUCUGCUCCCUUUCCCAUCCCUCCUCCCCCUCCGCCGGCCUUGGUGGCUCCGGCCCAGGGCAGAACAAUGCGGCUGGUCCAAGCCUCCGUGCGGCCCCGUUUCUCAGCCAACCCUUCACCAAGUGGGAAAUCCGGGGCAGAGUAACCUAGUUUCUGUGCUUACAAGGAGCUUUCUGUCCCAGCCAAGCAAGGUGGCGGGGAAAGCGCUGCCCUCCCGGGGCUUGGUGUCCCAGCGGGCAGAUGGUGGCACCAAGGGAGGCAGGGAUGGUGCUGGGACCUUCGAGGGGUGCAUCUCUGCCACCCCCCGCCAUGCCCGCAGCUGCCCUCCGCCUGCUCUGCGGUGUGGUGAUGCCAGCUGCCAUGCUCUGCACCGAGCCCAUGCCCCGCAUCACCUUCCCCAGUGGGGACCCCCGACGGACACUGACCCAUUUCAGCCAGGACAACGUCUCCCACUACGACAUCUUCCUCCUGCAUGAGAGCGAGGAGGAGCUGUAUGUGGGGGCCCGUGACCAGGUGCUGGCCCUGACCGUUGGCACCCCAGGCAGCAUCCGUGCCAAAGCCUCGAUAAUGUGGGGACCCACGGCCGAGAAAAUCUCCGAGUGUGCUUUUAAGAAGAAGAGCCAGGAGACCGAGUGCUUCAACUUCAUUCGGGUCCUUGUGGCCCUGAACCAGACCCACCUCUACGUCUGCGGGACCUACGCCUUCAGCCCCGCGUGCACCUACAUCCAACUGGAGAACUUCACACUAAUGUCCAGCGGCAGAGGACAACCUUUCCUGGAUGGGAAGGGCCAGUGCCCCUUUGACCCCCAGCACACCUACACGGCCCUGCUGGUGGAUGGUGAGCUCUACGCUGGCACCAUGAACAACUUUCAGGGCAAUGAGCCCAUCAUCUCCCGCUCACUGGGCAGCCGGACCCUGCUCAAGACGGACGCCUUCCUCCGCUGGCUGUCAGCCGACGCUGCCUUCGUGGCCUCCUUCAGCAUCCCUGGAGAUGACAAGGUCUACUUCUUCUUCGAGGAGACAGCCGAUGAGUUUGAUUUCUUCGAGCGGCUUCUGGUGCCACGGGUGGCCCGUGUCUGCAAGAGUGAUGUCGGGGGGGACAAGGUGUUGCAAAAGAAAUGGACGACGUUCCUGAAGGCCCAGCUGGUGUGCUCGCAACCCGGCCACUUCCCCUUCAACAUCAUCCAUCAUGCCUUCGCCCUGCCCCGCCGUGAAGGCGGUGCUGACUUCUAUGCCGUCUUCACCUCGCAGUGGCAGGCGGGCAGGGCGGGCAGCGCAGCCGUCUGUGCCUACAGACAGGAGGCUCUGGAAGAGGUCUUCGAGGGCAAGUACAAGGAGCUGAACAAGGAGAGCUCCCGCUGGACGGUCUAUGGUGGCCCCGACAUGAAUCCCCGUCCUGGCAGCUGCUACAUGGGUCCCUCCUCUGACAAAGCCCUCACCUUCAUGAAGGACCAUUUCCUAAUGGACGGGAAGGUGUCACCCACCCAGGGGCGGCCGCUGCUGGUGAAGACGGACAUCACGUACACGCGCAUCGCGGUGGACGAGACUCGUGGCAUCUCGGGGGCCACCUACCGCGUCAUGUUCCUGGCCACAGUGGAGGGUUUCCUGCACAAAGCAGUGGAGCUGCCCGGGGGUCCUCACAUCGUGGAGAGCAUCCAGCUCUUCGAGAGACCGGAACCAGUGAAGAACCUACUGCUGGUCCCGGGGAAGGGCAUCCUCUAUGUGGGUUACUCCAGCGGUGUUCUCCAAGUCCCGUUGGCCAACUGCAGCCUGCACCGGAGCUGCGCCGAGUGCGUGCUGGCGCGGGACCCAUACUGCGCCUGGUACAGCCUUGAGGGAUCCUGCCAGCCUACCCGUGCCGCCGCUGCCACCGAGGACAUAAGCAUGUGGCUGCAGGAUGUUGAAGCGGGGAGCCCGGCCACCAUGUGCCACCACGGGAGGAGCGUGGCCAUGCCCCGAACCUGGGGGGCACAGGAGGAUCCCGUAGCAGAGAGGCUCAGCCCCCCGCUUAACGCCGUGGUCUACUUGCGGUGCCCCCGCCGCUCCGCCCUGGCCAACUACAGCUGGCAGCAGCCUGGCGGCCGGGGGGACACGGCGCUGCUGCCUAACCACACGCUGGUGGUCAUCAUGCAACGAGGGACUGCUGGCACCUACAAAUGCCGGGCCACUGAAAACGGCUACACCUGGACCGUGGCUCACUACCAGCUACAGGACCCCAGUGGGGUGGCCCCCCAGCUGGACGAGCUGGCUGAGGAGGAGCUGGCCUGGGGGUCUUCAGUCCCCGGCACCCCCCGGUCUUACUGGCCCCAGUUUGUCACCGUCACCGUGCUGCUGGCCAUCACGUUGGCCGCUGCCGCCUGCCUGGCCCUCCUCGCCUACCACGACCAGCUCAAAGCCAGGAGCAAGGUACGGGGAUGCAGUGCACCCCAUAGCCCCCCAUCCCAGCGCCGGGAGAAGGUACCCCUCAAUGGGGGAACCGGAGAGCCCUCAGCACCCGGAGUCCCCACCGAGGAGGAGGAGGAGGAGGAGGAGGAGGAAGGCUCCCGUGCUUGCUGCCUCCAGCUUGAUGGGGACAUCGAUGUCGAUAACAACAGGCUCCACGUCCCAGCAGGGGACACGGCGUGAUGCUGCCACCAGGUCGGGGAGCCUGUGGGGAAGCAGUAGGCUGUGGGAGAUAUGAAUGUGAAGUUUGGUUUUUUUUUUUUUAACUUAAUACACAUGUUUUAACAUAAGUUAACAUUUUGGGGUAGUGGCAAGGGGCAGCAGGGUGGGAUGGGCCCCUGGGAGCAGCGGGGGAGGCAGCAAGGGGGUGGGAUGGGGCAAGGAGGUGGGGUGGGGGGCGAGGAAAGGACACGGGGACAGGGAAAGGACGUGGGCACAGAGAAGGAACGUGGCCGUGGGGCAAAGCCAUGGGGCCGAGGGCAGGAUGUGGCCAUCAGGCAAGGACAUGGGGUGGGGACAGGCAGAGUCAGUGGAUGCUGACACUGGUGUCACCCCAGGAAAAAAAACUGGGAUCCAUAAAAGCUCCAAAAUGGGGAAAGCUGAGCCUGGAUGGGCUCCAUGGGGUGACCCCACAGGCACCCACCCUGCGCUGCCAGACCUCCCCACCCUGCUCCCCACCGCCCUGGGUGCUGGGGGGGGGCCACAACACCACAUCACCCUGACCCCCAGACAACCAAGGUGGUGGAGCCUCCCCUGCCCCAGCUGCACCCCAGGGUUGGCCCCCACUGCUUUUUUUUUUGAUGAUGAGCCUUCUUUUUUUUAAGACAAACCAGCUGUAAAUUUUCCUGCUCUUUGUACAUGCGAUUUUUUUUAUUAAAAAGGAAAAGCUA